UGGUGGUUCAGAGUGAUGGAGAACCCUGGGUGUCCUGUAACAGGUGGUGGUUCAGAGUGAUGGAGAACCCUGGGUGUCCUGUAACAGGUGGUGGUUCAGAGUGAUGGAGAACCCUGGGUGUCCUGUAACAGGUGGUGGGGAGGAUAAUCCAGGUAAAGUCUUUAAUGCAUGGAAGGGAGGAACUGGAAGAGCAAGGGAGGGGCGGAAGCCAAUGGAAGCGCAGGAAAGGCGUGCACAACAGGGAGGGCUAAUCGGGGCCCCCUAAUCCCUCCCUGGCCCCCACCUCCUCCUCCUGAGGGAGGCCAAGCAGGAGAUGACUCCACCCGGCUCUGGACGCUUCAAACGGACAUAAGGGGGACCAGGGAUCUAUCUGUAGGCCUAUUUACAGGGUACCAGCUGGACAACACUGUGCUCAACUCUGACGAUUCACCAUAGAAUGAGUCUUUGUCUCUUACCUGACCUCUUUCCUGCCUUCUGAAGCACAUCAUUCAACAUGGGAGAAGUUCAAAAGGGGUUCUUUUCGGUGCUACAGAAAUUAAAAGGAACCACAGAGCAGGAACUUCGGAUAGUCCUCCUGGGUCUAGACAACGCUGGCAAAACAACGCUGCUAAAACAGCUAUCAUCCGAGGAUGUCAACACCAUUACUCCCACACAGGGCUUCAACAUUAAGAGUCUCACGUCUCACGGAAUGAAACUGAACGUGUGGGACAUCGGAGGACAGAGGAAGAUCCGGCCCUUCUGGAAGAAAUAUCUGGAAAACACAGAUUUGUUGAUAUAUGUCAUAGACAGUACAGACAAGAAGCGGUUUGAAGAAACAGGACUGGAGCUAUCAGAGCUGAUUGAUGAGGAGAACCUGAAGGGGGUUCCGGUGCUCAUCUUUGCUAACAAGCAGGACUUGGCCACGGCCUCGUCCGCCAGCGAGAUCGCAGAGGGCCUGAACCUGCACACAUACCGCGACCGGGCGUGGCAGAUCCAGGCCUGCUCAGCUGUCUCUGGAGAGGGUGUACAGGACGGCAUGAACUGGAUUUCCAACAACAUUGUAAAUAAGAAGAGAGAUGACUAACCCCUGAAUAUCCAACGUGAUGCUUUUUAAACACACUUUUGAGUGUUUCACGUACAUAUGUUGACACCCAAUGCAACGGUGACAGGUUUUAUAGAUUUUAUAGCCUUCUCUCUGAAGAUGUCCCCAAAACAUUUGAGAGCUUGCUGGCUUUUCAAAUCCAGCCACAAGAAAAUGGAUGGAAGAUUUUGGGUUCACAACAGAGACCAUCAACAAGAGAAAAAUCACAACUCCUGGUCCCAUUAAGGGUUAUUGCCACUGCUCUGGAAUGAUACUUUCUUUGAUUUAGUCGAUGAAAGAAAAACACGAUCCUUGAAGAGCACAAGUAAAAACAAGGGACAGAGCGUGUAAUGGGCGAAUAGCCCAACAACGUUUUGAGUAGAACAUCUCUCUUUAGUUUAAGGCUUCAUUCAUACACUCACAAAAAAAGGUUAGAUUUUGUAGUUUGUGUGGUUUCACUGUUUGUAAAAAAAAAAAUACAAUAAAUCUAUAUUGUGUGA